GCAGGAGGGACGGGCUGCGCCCCGCCGAGCCCCUGCAGCGGGGCGGCUGCGGCCGGGGGGUCCCGGGCGAGCGGCCGUUCCCCUGGGGGAGCCGCUGCGGCGCCCUGUCCGUCUCCUCUCCGCCCUCGCGGGCUGGGCCCGGCCCGAGGGGCGGCCCUGGGGCCCUGCGGGAGGCGGCGGGCCAUGGCGGCAGACGGGACGCUGCUCCUCAACCUCAGCUCGGCGCCGCGGGGCCGCGGGCCCGGUGCCCCCAGCCGGCAGUCUAAAGCUCUGAAAAGAAAGCUCCAGUCACCACAUGGAAACCCACCUUUGAAACGUAAACGUAAACCAUCAGUAAACACCUUCAAGAAGUGCGCUGCGGAAGCUGACAUCAAGGAAAAGGGAAGUUCAUCCCAAAAAUCUCUUCCUAAGAAGCAGUUGACUGACAACCAAAAUGAAAGCCAGAAAAGCAAACCUUUCAUUAAGACGUCCAGCCUGUUUAAAAACAACCCUGAUAUCCCAGAAAUUCACAGAAAAGCUGUCCAGCAGGUGCAAGAAAAUGUUUUCACUACAGAUUCUUUUAGCCAGUUGGACCUCCAUCCACAUCUGAUCGCCACAAUAAACACCGUCCUAAAGAUAAGUAGCAUGACCAGUGUUCAGAAACAAACAAUUCCUGUGCUCCUGCAAGGCAAAGACGCGCUAGUGAGAUCUCAGACCGGUUCAGGUAAAACUCUUGCCUAUGGGAUUCCACUUGUACAGUCUUUGCAAGGAAUGAAGUCCAAAAUACAGCGCAGCGAUGGGCCUUAUGCGCUCGUAUUAGUCCCAACAAGAGAGCUUGCCCUCCAGAGUUUUGAUACAAUGCAGAAACUGCUUAAGCCAUUUGCCUGGAUUGUGCCUGGAGUGCUAAUGGGGGGAGAAAAGAGAAAAUCGGAAAAAGCCAGGUUACGUAAAGGGAUAAAUAUCCUCAUUUCAACUCCUGGUCGCCUGGUUGAUCACAUCAAGUCCACAGAAUGUAUUCAUUUCCGUCGCACUCAGUGGCUGAUUAUUGAUGAAGCAGACAGGAUCCUGGACCUGGGCUUUGAGAAGGAUGUAGCUGUGAUACUCAAUGCUUUAAAUGCUGAGAGAGACACACGUCAGAACAUCCUGCUCUCAGCCACCCUCACGGAAGGAGUAACGCGGCUGGCCGAUAUCAGUUUGAAUGAUCCCAUCAGCAUUUCCAUAGCAGAUGAAACACAGAAGGGGCUCAAGCCAGCAUCACAAACGGACAGAGAACCCCGUAGUUCAUCAGACUGCAUGGGCCAGGAAAACUUUGCUGUUCCGGAGAAGCUCAAGCAGUAUGUCAUGAUGGUCCCCAGCAAAUUGAGGCUUGUCACGUUAGCAGCUUUUAUCCUUGAGAAAUGCAAGUUUGAAAAACGCCAUAAGAUGAUCAUCUUUUUCUCCAGCUGUGAACAAGUGGAGUUCCAUUAUGAGCUCCUUCUAAAGGUCCUUUCAGGAGGGCUAGAGUCAGAACAACCUGAACGUUCAUCUGUCUCCUCUGCAUGCCUACAGUUUCUACGACUGCACGGCAACAUGGAACAGGAAGAAAGAACAGAGGUCUUCCAGGAGUUCCUAAAAUCCAAGACUGGCAUCUUGCUUUGCACUGAUGUUGCAGCACGUGGACUAGACCUGCCUCAAGUUACGUGGAUUGUACAGUAUAACGCUCCGGCUUCACCUGCGGAAUACAUCCACCGGAUUGGGAGGACGGCUCGCAUUGGCUGUCACGGGAACAGCCUGCUUGUCCUGGCGCCUUCGGAGGCAGAAUAUGUCAGCUUGCUGGCUUCUCACAAGAUUAAUGUUUCAGAGAUAAAGAUGGAGAAGGUGUUAUCCAGCCUGAUGAAAGAUGAUCGUUUCAAGUUGCACAGACCAGGAAGCAAGAAAUCCUGUGGCAUGGACCCUCAGGAAGUCCGGGAGCGGGCCACGGUCUUGCAGACAAAAUUUGAAAAUUACGUUCACUCCAGUGAGGGGACUGUCCGGUGGGCAAAGAAAGCACUGCAGUCUUUCCUUUGUGCCUAUACUGCCUAUCCCAGGAACCUCAAGCACAUCUUCCACAUCAAAUCUCUCCACCUGGGUCAUGUGGCCAAGAGUUUUGGCCUGAGAGAUGCCCCCCAGAACCUGACUGCUCUUCCAACUGCUGGCUCAAAGAAGAAAACCAAACCAAGACCAAAAAGGGCGAAGACCAAAAGAUGGUAGCGACAGUGGAGCUGUGGAGUUUUGUCUCUUUCUGUGUAGCUGAAAUACAAUUGACUUCAGUAGGUAUAAGGUGGGCUUUACUGUUUAGCACGAGUCGGCAUGAAGACUGCUGUGGUCUGACUGUUCUGGAACAGCACUUGACGCUCAGUCUGGGUAAUAAUUUUCCCUGAUCUUCUCAAGGUAGCAUUUGCAUCAGCUGAUAACAGAGUACCUAAGCCAUCUGUUGACUUGUCGAGAGCAGUAUAGGAUUGCUGAUGAAUUUCUUGCCCCUGCUCUGCAAAAAAACACCACCACAAACCAACCCAAACAGGGUUGUGUUGGCUGCAGAUGGUUCAUCCACCACUGUAAGUAGAAAAAGCAGGUGUUGCAGCAGCCUUGGCCCAGAGGUAACCCAGCUCUGUUGCUGGCACGAUUUCAAAGAGCUGUUGGAGAUGCUGUCAGGCAGAUUGAUAGUGCAAUCCAUGUUGAAAUGUUUUCUGAUAAAUGAAACAGCGUACUCCUGUCUCCUCCAAAGACACACCAUGAGUUCUGGGACUGUGCGUCAGAACUUUAUACUCCUUCUUCCUCAGCUGGAGCAAUUUGGGAGCCUUUGGUUGCUGCAGAUGCUGCAAGUUGGUUAAAGGUCACUGCACUUGCUGCACUGCAUUGCACCAGCAUUUCACACAGCUCAAGACAAAGGAAUGGACAGCAGUGCCAGCCAAGUUGAAGGAGACAUCGCUACGAACAAGCUCGCUCACCACUUAGAUAAAAAGACUAGCAGAGGCAUCCUCUGCGGUGUCAAAUGAUGUCCAAGAAGCCAUGCGUGUAUAUGUACCACUACUGUGGCAUGUCAGAGUUUUUGGCUUGGAGAUCAGCUUGUGAUUCAGUUCUGUAAAUGAAGCAUAUGUGUCAAUGAAACUUACAUAUGAGAAUUUUGAAAUGAAAACAAAAAAUUAUGUUGGAUACCCAUUCCUGAGUGUGUUGAAGGUGUGUUGCAUGUAAGCUAGGUGGGACUUUGUGGUGAGUUAGUAUCGUGUGGCACAACAGAAGACAGAGCUGGAAACAACAGAGAGGAUUUCAGGCUAGUCACCUAUGCUGCAUUCACCUGCUUGGAUUGGGUUUUUUUUUUUUCAUUAUGUGAAAAAAAAGAUUUAUCUUGAAUCUUUUCUAAUACUCUUGAGAAAAGCAAAGAAUUGGGAGUCAAGGGUCCAGAAAAGGAGACUGGUCCAAAUCAUUCAUAUUUCCUCUGAGCUGGAGGGUUGGGCAGCACCAGCUCCCUUCCUGACCACUGAGGCUCCUGAGUGGGCUGGGGAGGGGCAGCAGCACGCAGACAGAGGUAGACGGAAACCGAAGCAGAGAAAAGGAGGAUUUUAUUCUCUUUCCUUUGCUGGAGACUUUUUCUCUCUUGUUUCUUCCAGAUGCUCCUCUCCUACCUUUUCAUCAUUCAGGAAUGUAUUUAGCAAGAUUCAUGAGUUUCUCAUGUUUAAAGAGUGAAUAAAAUAAUUCCAGUUUUCUGGAGGAGGGCAGAGCUUUUUUAGUCUUUAAAAGUUUGUCUCUGGCCUGGUCUUUCCUGGCCUUUCAGGAUGUAACAAAGUCAUCUGGGGCCAGUUCCUCUGUUUUCUUAUUGUCUCUCCGCUGAGGCUCUUGGUACCAGCUUUUGUGAGGUUGCAACUUAAUUACAGAUGUGCAGAGGCAGCUGUAAAUCUGGGUCUUUUAUUCCUUUCUGUGUCUCCAUGAGGAGGAGGGGAGCUUUUUCAAACCAUGCCAGGCAAUUACUAGGCUCUCUGCCUUCCCUUCCUCACUGUGCAAAGCACCUUUCUCUCUCCUUGAUAAUGAGGUGAUUAGAUAGAUCUUGGGGUGGUACAGGUUUUGCCCUAUACCUGGAACAUAAAGCCCAAAGCAAUGGUUGGGUCUAGGCUUAACCCUAGACAAAUUAAGGGAUGAUGUGUCCCCCACUUGAAGCUGGUGGUGCUAACUCAUCUCUGCUGGCUCGUCUGACUACUUACCAGUUCCUGUCUGUGUCUUCUGGGAGUCCCGAUCCCCCAUAUCUAGCAUAAAAGAGUAGUAGUGCAGUGGUGCUUCUGCCUGGCAUUCAGUACGUGACAGCACUGGACACCCAGUGUGCUGGACAGUAACACAGAGAAGUCACAUAGUUUGUGUUCGGGGACAGGUGCUUCCUUACUUGUGUGUUUGGGGCUGUUUCAUUUUCUGAGUUAUGACUUCUCUAUUCCUGUCUCAUUGUCCCCCAGCUAAUAAAAGUGGCUAUUUUCUCAUGUGUUUGAACAUUCCUUUCUCCUUUAAGCCCUGCUGAAAUCUUGGCGCUGUAGCACAUUGGGAUGGGUCAGUCGUUAGUGAAUCUUUUCCCCCCUGCAAGUUCCCCUUAGCUGCACUGUUUUCUAGUUCCCCACCUAAAAACUGACUGUUGUGUUUGGAAGAAGGGAUUUAAAGGGCUGGGGAUUUCUCUGCCCAUUAUCAACAUGAUGUGUUCUCAUUAGGGCUCAAUAUAGCGUGAUAGCUAGACAUGAGAUCAGAGAAAGACAUGAUGACAAUCCAUGUGUUUAUCCAGUGAUGGGAACAUGGGUUCUGUCUGUGUUGCAAAUGCAUCUUACAU